AUGAUUGUUUCAGAUCUGGUGCUUACACAUUAUGAUCCUAACCUUCCCUUACAACUGGCUUGUGAUGCUUCACCUGUAGGAAUUGGAGCGGUGCUGUCUCAUGUCAUGACAGAUGGCACAGAGCGACCGAUAGCGUUUGCAUCGAGAUACCUGUCGAAGGCGGAGCGCAACUACGCACAGAUAGAUAAAGAAGCACUAGCUACAGUGUGGGGAGUCAAGAAAUUCCACAAUUACCUUUUCGGUAGGAACUUUACCUUACUAUGAAAUGCGAGAAACAAAGUGCAUUCCAGCUGAAAACCAAUAUGGCAAAGUUCCUUUUGGCUUACCGGAAUACCCCGCAUUCGACGACUGAAGAAUCACUGUCCGUGUUGUUUUGGGGCAGACCGCUACGGAUUCGCCUUGAUUUGGUGAAACCUGAUUUACAAAAGAAAGUGAUGAAUAGGCAAAUCGAUCAAGCGGGGAGGAAAGGACAUUCCCCCACACGUCAGUUAUCCAUUGGUCAGACUAUCAUGGCACGUACCUAACUACAGUGGGAAAGACAAGUGGCUACCAGGCAUAGUUCGAGCUCAAACGGGACCCCUUUCGUACGAGAUAAAAGUUGGUCCAAAUCGAAUUUGGCGACGUCACAUCGACCAGCUUCGAGCCUCGAGUGUGAAAGUAAAUGACCAGAGUGAUGAUACGGCUGAACCUCAUCUAGAGCUCGGAGAGACUGGCCAGAAUAUUGCACCAGCAGACGAAAUUGUCGCAGAGCGGGAUAUCGAACUAACCAUGAAUCCACCAGUAGUGCAACUACAAGAAGCCGGUAGGGCUACAAUAGAAUCUGAACAACGCUACCCAACUAGAUCACACCAACCACCCGAGAGGUGGGGUCUUAACUGUUUGAUCCGAAAACUGUUUAAGAAAACUACAUAG